GAUGCUUUCCUUGAGGAACCUAGUGGGGCUGCUGAGUUGCUGACGAGUCCCCGUUUCCAUCUGAAGAGAAGACGACAUCUUGAACCUUGAAGCAGCAAUGCUGGUGAAGGAAUAUCGGAUUUGUAUGCCUCUCACCACUGAAGAGUACCGAGUUGGGCAGCUUUACACCAUCAGUAAGCACAGCCAUCAGGAGAGCGACAGAGGAGAAGGGGUGGAAGUGGUGAAAAACGAACCUCACGAAGACCCCGUCCAUGGGCCGGGCCAGUUCACAGAGAAGAGGGUUCACCUGUCCAGCAAAUUGCCUAGCUGGGCCCGGGCAGUAACACCACGAAUCUUCUAUAUCACCGAGAAAGCCUGGAACUAUUAUCCGUAUACCAUCACAGAGUACACAUGCUCGUUUCUGCCAAAAUUUUCUAUCUACAUAGAGACCAAGUAUGAAGAUAAUUGUGGAAAUGGCACCAAC